AUGGGAAGUGACAUUGCUGACCUUAAACGUGAGGUGCGCAGGGAAGUUAGAGAGCUGAAGGCUAGCUUAGAGUACAUGAACAAAGAUGUUGAAACAUUCCGGAAAGAAUGUGCUGACCUAAAGAAAGAAAAUGCCACCCUCAAAGCAUUAAACGAGCAGAUGGCGCAUGAGCUUGGACAACUCAAAAUCCUGGCAAACGAAAACGCCAUGCGUAUAACGACUCUGGAUCAAUACUCCAGAAAAAAAAAAAUUGAAAUAAAAGGCAUUCCUCACGACAGCAACGAGGACCUAGUCGAAGUGCUUGGUAAGGUUGGCGGUGCACUUGAGGAACCUAUAACGGGGGACGAUGUUGAGAUCUGCCACCGUGUUCCUGUACGGAACAGUACUGCAAGCCAGAGCAGUAAUUCCGGCCAAAGUGCUGAAGGCGAUCGUCGUCAAAACUCAGGUGUAAACGCCGGUACAACCUCCAACAUUGUGGUGGUCUUCAAGAGUCGUGAUAAGCGUGACGCAGUCCUUGGGAAGGCACGAAAGAUAAGGGUUACAACGGAUGAAAUAGGCUUCUCCGUGAGACAGCCAAUCUUUUUGAACGAGCAACUGUGCCCGAAACUAAAAAAGCUGCUAGGAAUGACAAUUGCAAAAAAGAGGGAAAUGAAUUGGCGCUUCGCGUGGACAAAAAACGGCAAAGUGUUCGUGCGAAAAACAGAAACAUCCCGCGCAAUCCAAAUUACUUGUGAAACCGACCUGGCGAAAAUGAGUGACACAGCUGCAGGCCCUAACGAGGCUUAG